UCUGUUUCUGAAGAAGUAAAAGCAAUUCUUUUGCACAACUGCAUUGGUAGGUAUUAUGAAGGGGGGAUUUCAUCAGUAUACAUGUGGAAAGACAAUGAAGACUUUGUGGCUUGCUUCCUAAUAAAGAAAGAUGGCUCAAAGUCAAGGCAUGGCCGAAGAAGUUAUUUGCAAGAAGGUGCAUGGGAUGCUAUUCAUGUUAUUGAAGAUGGUGGAAUAUACGAAGCUGUUGCAGGAAGUGACUUUGUCAUUACUAGAGUUGCAUUUCGAGACAACUCUUCAAAUGUCUAUAUAAAUAGCUGUAGAAGUAAUUUUACAAAGGUCACUAAGAAAUUGAAAGGGAAAGGAGUGGACUUGGACAACAAUCGGUUUUUGAUUCUUCAGGGUAAAGUCGAGUAAAUUUCUCUAAUGAAGCCAAAGAUUUGUAUUUUCAGCAUUAUUGUAAUUGUAAUUGUAAUUGUAAUUGAUUGAAUGAAGGAUUGUAAUUGAUUGUAAUGGAAUGAAUGAAUG